AUGAAAUCAGUCUUGUAUCUAAUUUGUCUGUUGCUUUGCAGCAGCGGAACACUCAGCUAUGAAGGCCAUCGAAUCUCCAAGCAGAGCCAUAAUGAUAACAUCGAAAGACCUUGUCCCCUCUCCAGCAUGACUUGUAUUCGUAAUUAUUUUCAAUCAAAACUUGGAUGCGGGCCUCUAGGAGAACACAUUUUAAAACCUUAUUACCUGGAAAAAAUAACAGCAGACAUGCCUCACUCGAAUGCUUCAGUCAGAUUUGAGGGUGUUCGACUUCACGGUCUAAAUACUGGAAGGAUCACCGAGUUCUAG